UCUCAGUCAGUCUAACAUCGGUGGCCCGAAAGAAAUCCAACAUUUCGACUUGCGUGAUCUCAUCAUGGAGACCCUGUCGUUUAUUUUACUGGGCAUGGCGUUCGCCAUGCAAGCAAAUGCCGAGUACAACUGCAAGCGAUUGGACGACUGUCAAAACAACGCAAUAUGCGAAUCUGAUGGAAACUGUACAUGUACACUCCCAGAAAACACGUACUACAAUUGCAAAUAUGACAUCACCUCUACUCCUUGUUCCACAAUAUGUCAGAACGGCGGAACGUGCGUUACGGUUUCUGGAUCGCAAGUGUGCGCUUGUCCGUAUGAUUACUAUGGAGCUAAUUGUGAAAAAGAACUGGUGGAGAUUGGCUGCUUAGGCGGUACGGCAAAGUAUACAAUCAGGAUUCCGCAAACGUUUAACGGAACGGUAGAAUUGAGCGCCGCCUCACUGCCGACACCGGCGCCGACGCCUUGUGUGCCGACGGGACUACCCGCCGAUGGAUACAAGGUGUUCGCCGUGACGUUUGACAUCGGCAGCGGAACUACCAACUGCGCAAAGACUUACCUGGAGACAAACACCACCGACGGGGACACCUCGUACACGGCUAAGUUCCUAGUGCGAUACUCCGCGGACCUGACCACCUCGAUCGACGAGCUGUACACCCUCACGUGCACACACACCGGAAGUGAGAUCAUCGUGUACAAGGAGAUCACGGACGUUUCCCUCACCGCCACGGACCUGGACACCACCUCCAAGGAAAAGCAGUUCCAGUCGGUCGCCAUGACCUUGCAGAAAGACAACGCCCCUUUGACCGGACCUAUUGUCGUCGGCACCGUGUUCGAAGUGGUCGUCUAUGUGGACGACCCCGAAGCAUUUGAUGACGUGUUCAUCGACAGUUGCAUCGCAAACAACACUCUCGCAGGUGCAGCCCUCAAAACAUACGAGAUUUUCAAAUCUGGUUGCCCGACCGCCAAGGGCAAGAUGACGACCGCUGAGCAGGUGAUAUAUUCCUUCAUCGAAUCCGGUGUGAACAAAACCGCAAAGUCCAUCUCGAUCCAGGCAUUCAAGUUCCGGGACACACAGAAGCUCGGCCUCACGUGCACAGCCCGGAUGUGCAAGGCCGGCGACGACUCGUGCGCGGCUCCUACGGACUGCGACGCUGUAAGAGCAGCACCAGCAGCGCCAACAGAAGCAACAACAACAACAACAACAACAACUGCAGCACCAACAGCACCAACACCACCAGCAGGCGGAACUAGGAAAAAGCGUGCGGCCGAUGACGUCACCGAGGAGACCGUAUCCACCGUCGUCACCGUACUAAACCCCGGAGAGACGCUGGUCAGCACAUCUACGGUUGCAGGUAACAAGACCAGCGUGGCUGAUCCAGAGACGUGUCUGGCCCAUGGCUCCAUCGUGUCCGUGAUCGCAAUCCUGGGAGGCCUGGUUGGCAUCCUGCUCCUGGCUUGCCUUGCCUUGGCCUGCGUCAUCAUGAGAAGGCGUGAGCCCAAACUCCUCGAGUCCGUCGCACACUCGGGGUUCGCCAUCCCUCGCGCGCACACGAACGGAGCGUACACCCGAGAAUAUUAGGGACUCUAGGACACUAUGAAUUUCACAUUUUAACAAGUAGCUAUUUCUAGUGAAGUGCGAUGGAGAAUAGGUAGAAUAAAACCAUGUUAACAAAUGAGGAAGACUAAAUACCUUGGAGUUCUGGAAUUUUACAUCAUACAAAUAAAGUACAAUUAGAGUUUCUUUAAUCAAACGUUUUGUUUCAACUUAUGUGUACAAUAUUGCGCAUUAACAACGUAAUCAAAUCCGCAAAACAAACAGAAUAGCUCGUUCCAUAGUUUGUUAAGAUCGGUGAAAAGCGAUACGUGCACACGCUUUUAGAGACACCCUGAGGGAUUUCUUUUGAUGAACGCAUAUUUUGCGCGAAGUUUUACAUGCAUUUUAACAUUUAAUUUGUCGCUCACUAAGUUUACAUUCGCAUAGUGUUCUAAUCGACAUUAUUCAAAGUGUGCAUUCGUUAAAUAUAUGUGGGUACAUUCAUUAACGAAUUCAGAAAAAAAAUCUCGAAUAUGUAUUAUUUAAGUUUACUUUUUUGUAUAAUAUCUAAAGAUGUAUUUUUGUCAGAGAAUAAUCAAUAUUUUAAUCUAUGUACACUGUUACAUAAUCUAUUCUAUAUAUCGAAAAUAUUUAUUUGUAUAUGUUAAUUCAUAUCAAUAUAUUUUAUAUCAUAUUCCUUUAGUAUAUUAUUGUACCACGGCAGUUUGUUCACCAGAAUAUAUUACAUCCACUUAUCUUGUGCUGUUGUUUUGCACUUUGCUCUGUAUUUUGCGCACAUUUUAGUAUAUUUCUGUUACUCAGCUAAUGUAGUGAUUCACGCUGUCUGUUAUGCUUGUUUUCGUUUCAGUCUACGCUCUUCUUUAUGUGCAUAAACUUUUACAC